AGCAACUUUGCUCAUCUAACGACACUGCAUUCCCGCCCGUUGCUCAUGACACCAACCGCGAACGUGGACAAGGCCCCAACUCUGCCCCCCUCCCUCACCACUAUCAAGCGUCAAUAUGGCCUGAUACUCGCAUCUUAUUCGGCAGCGCGAUCUCUGUACAAAGCUGUGGCGACAACCAUCUCAAACCAUCAAUCCUCGCUCACCCUACCCAACCGCGUCAACGCCCCAGAAGUCGCGUUGCUUCUUCCCUGUUCCCGUCACAUUCUACCGCUUACCCCUCUGUGACGCCACAUGUCUUGCCUGUAGACAUGGGAGCAAGAGGGAAUGUCUCCCGACUUGCGACCACGCAGCAAUCUACCUACCUUCUGUUCUACCCAUCCAUGCAUGCCUUACCGUUUCUGCGUUACCAUGCACACCAGCAAACCCCCGUAUACUAGGAAGACGCAUUGUCCGCAACCCGACUGUUGGCUUCAUCUCUGAAGAUACGGCCGCAAACAAGGGGCUCGCUGUUGUG